CGGCUCGGCCUGGGCCACGUGGAAGACCCGCGAAGUGCGAGAUCGAGAACGAGAGAGAGAGAGAGAGAGAGAGAGAAAAAUGGAAGCCGAUGACAGUAGUAGUGUCGAUCGAAGACGACGAUGAAUUGACUCUCUCAAAAUCACUCAAACUACUCUAUCAUUGUACCAACACUCUUCUUCUUCUUCUUCUUCUUCUUCUGUAUGUAUGUAUGUAUAUAUGCAUAUAUGAAUAUAUAUACACUAUAUUUGGAGUAGAGAGAUUGAUUGAUUUUGGUGGUGGUGGAGGUGAGGGGGGUUUGAGGCUAAAUAUAGAAAGAUUAGGGCUAUCUGGCUAAAAAUCUGGGGAAGCUAAAUCUGGCAAACGCGGGGGUGGUGGGGGGUUUGAGGGCAAGGUCGUCGUUGAGGCAAGAGAUCUGGAACCACCACCAAGACGACGACGAUUCUCGCCCUUGGCGCCGCCGUCUUCUGUCGUCUAUGGCGGUGCUGCCUCUCUCUUGCUCCUCCCUCUUCCGCUUCUCCCUCUUCCUCCUCCUUUUCGCCUCCAUUGCCUUUGCUUUCAUUUCUCUUCCCGUCGAAAAGAUUUUGAAAGAUUUCUUGCUAUGGAUUAAGCAGGAUCUGGGGCCUUGGGGUCCACUUGUGCUGGCUAUUGCAUAUAUUCCUCUUACUGUUUGUGCAGUUCCAGCUUCAGUACUUACGCUUGGAGGUGGUUAUCUCUUUGGGUUGCCAGUAGGAUUUUUUGCUGAUUCUAUUGGUGCUACCUUAGGCGCAACAGCUGCAUUUCUUCUUGGCAGAACGAUUGGAAGAUCUUAUGUUAUUUCUAAGUUAAAGAAUUAUCCAAAGUUUCAUGCCGUUGCUAUUGCAAUUCAGAGAUCGGGCUUUAAGAUUGUUUUGCUGCUUCGGCUUGUUCCAUUACUUCCUUUUAACAUGAUGAAUUAUCUUCUAUCUGUGACGCCAGUUCGCCUAGGGGAGUACAUGUUGGCUUCUUGGGUGGGGAUGAUGCCAAUAACAUUUGCACUGGUAUAUGUUGGAACAACUUUGAAGGAUCUUUCUGAUGUCACACAUGGAUGGACUGAGGUUUCAACAACUCGUUGGGUACUUAUAGCAGCAGGCUUCAUGAUAUCAGUGAUUCUGAUGGUAUACAUAACUAAAGUUGCAAAGGCUUCCUUGGACAAAGCACUCGCAGAAAAUGGUGACAUAGAGGGUAUCUUUGGCUCAGAACCACGCCUUCCUAUUGUAGCAGAGCCACCCUUGGAUAUUCAAAAGCCUUUCAUAAUCAAGAUUGACUCACCCGGAGACCAUCGUGUGAAAUAAAUGUCAUGUAAAUUCCUUUCAUUUUUGCUUCCACUCAAUUGUUUUAGAUUGUAGUUGUUAGAAUUUUAGAUUAUGAUGGAACAAAAAGCUAAAAAAAAAUAAUUUUUUUGUAUUACUUUUAGAUUUCAUGUACAGCACACGGUGCUUCCCUUUUGCAAUAGUCAGCCUUCUAUUUUAAAUAUAACUUUAUAGAGAUAUGUUCAAUUUUGGAGUUAAUAAUAAUGUAUUUUGGAGUUGAGUCCAUCUCAAUCUCAAUUAAA